AGCAGGUGUGGCCCACAGGAACGUAUAAUAAUUAGAAUGACACAGUGUUGCAAACUAGUGUUCUUGCCUCUUACACUGAGACAACUUAGUCGCUGAAUAUGAUGAAUCAAUAUUUGAACCACUUCAGAGAGAAUUUCAGCAGCAGACAUUUCAAACUGUUUAGAGUACUGUUUCUGUCUUUAGUGGCACUGACUGUUCUCACAUUUUUCGCUGUUUAUCAAAAUGAAAGUAAAACAGUCUCAGUUCUUGGGUUUUGGGAGAGCUACCAAAACAACGGGUCUUCAGAGAUGAACAAAGCACAAAAUAGACAGCCAUUAUGGAAACCUGAGUUUCUAGGUGAAGUGAACAUGCAUGUUUUUGAAGACUGGUGUGGAGGUUCUGUGCAUCAGCUAAGAACGAACGUGCUGUACCCUCUUUUCCCCCAUGCUCGCACCACAAUUGGCAGGCUUGCUGUUAAUGCUGGAUGGAAAAACUAUGGUCUAAGAAUCUUUGGAUACAUUCAUCCUGUAUUAAGUGGUGAAUACAUUUUUGCUAUUGCUUCUGAUAAUAAUGCAGAAUUCUGGCUGAGUUCAGAUGAAAGCAUUAAAAGCAUCAAACUCAUGGCCUACCUUGGCAAGACAGGAAAGGAAUGGGCAGCCCCAGGAGAGUAUGAGAAAUUUUCAUCUCAAAUAUCUCAGCCUGUACUACUAUCAAGAAACAUGAAGUAUUUCUUUGAAGUACUCUACAAACAAAAUGACGGAAUUGAUCACCUGGAGGUUGCAUGGCGUCUCAAUAAUGAAGACAGUAAUUUUGAGGUCAUUACUGCAGAAUAUUUGUCCCGCUAUGUUGAUGAGUCUUCUUUACAGCUGGUGGAAAGUGAUCACAUCCCUCAAACAAAAGCCAGUCAUGCAAUGUCCACUGACGCCAUUUUCAAGACAGCCAAGCCUGAAGUGGACAUGGUCAAAGCAGAUCCGCGAGACUUUAUAUAUAGGACACCACUGCUAAAGGAGUCCUAUUUGGAAAAUGUUUUUCUCAAAUGUGAUUACUAUCCACUUCAUAUAUUUGACAACUCAACCAUUGAGAGAUAUGAUGGUAUAAAUUAUGUUCACUACUCCUCAGUGUAUCCCAAUGACCACACAAGACUAGCUAAUGAAGGGACUGACACACAGCUAUGUUUUUACCAAAAGGAUGAAACAUAUGGUGAAAGACAUGGGUUUGGUCCAUAUCUGAAAAUUGAAAACACAGGAGAAGAAGAAACAGAGGAUAACAGUAAAUCUUCCACAACAGAAAACAAGCCAAAAUGGAAACAGGUCUUCAGUGUGAAAUCUUUGGAUUUCCAUUCAAAGCAGAGUGAUUUUGUUGUUCACACCUGCAAUAGAGCUGGAAAUAUUAUAAUGCUCAAAAAAGAAGUCAUGCCUGUAGUUGAAGCCUUCAUGAGUCAACUAAAAACAACAGAGACCACAAGUGAUCUGGUCAUAAAACGUGUGCUAAAUGUGGAGAAGAGGACGGAUAAUGCUACAGUCAGUCGAUACAUGUUGGAGUUGGAGCUGGAGGACAAGCAGGGGAAAAACAUGCUGCUCUCUAAGUAUUUUUAUGCUACAAAGGACAAAAAUAAAGGGAGGAAUCCAAAAGUACCUACCCUUUGCAGCCCAAAUGGUUUCUCCUGGAGCCCAGAAGCGACAGUACAUGUUAUUCUAGCAGUGAAAAACCAAGGGAGAUGGGUCAUGCAUUUCAUAAAGGAAAUGGAGAAAGUAUACAAAACCACACGAGACAAAAACUUCAACAUCAUUCUCAUAGACUAUAAUAGCACGGAUAUUGAUGUAGAGAAGGAACUGAAAAAUGCUAAUAUACCAAGCUACCAGUUUAAGAAACUGGAUGGACCUUUUGGCAGAUCACCAGGACUCCAAGUUGGAAUAGAUCUUGUUGAAGAUGAGAACAGUAUUUUGUUCCUGUGUGACCUGCACCUCCACUUUCCUGUGACAAUAAUAGACACCGUGCGAAAACACUGUGUGCAAGGGAAAAUGGUGUUUGCUCCUGUUGUGAUGAGACUGGAAUGUGGAGCCACAGUGCAGUCCCCUACAGGUUUCUGGGAAACUAUGGGUUACGGUCUGAUUGGCAUUUAUAAAUCAGACAUGGUUCGAAUUGGAGGAAUGAACGUUAAAGAAUUUACUGACAAGUGGGGAGGAGAAGACUGGGAGUUGCUGGACAGAAUUCUGUUGAACAAACUGGAGGUGGAACGACUGAAUCUGAGGAAUUUUUUACACUUCUUCCAUUCAAAGCAAGGCAUGUGGAACACAGAAUGAAUCUUGAACAGCAUGUACUGUACAGAAACAGUUGGAAGGACACACAGCACAUAGUAAUGUGUUUUUAAGUGAUAUAAUUUUUUUUUUCUAUUUUAAAAUUUUAGAAUCAUGAUGAACAUCUAUUAUAACAUCUUAUCUAUUAUAACAGAUUACACACUCACCAGUGUUAAAUAAGAUAAAACCAUGAUACAUUUCUAAUUAGUUACAUUAACCCUUCAAUAACAACCCAGUUAUUACAGAUUUACUAUUCUCUUUGAAAAAUGUUGAAAAUUUUCAAAGAUUCUGUAUGCUGAGCAUUAUUUUUUUCUGUCUGGUCAUCACAGAUAAUUUCUAGUGGAUAGUGGAUUUAAACUAAAUAACCAUGGUGGCUGGGCAACCUUACUAUUAAUAUUAAUAACGUUUGACUGGUGUGCAAUCCUAUUUAUCCUAUUAAUUCCAUUUAAUUCCUAUUAAAUGUAUGUAUUUAUUUAGGUACAAUAUGUACUAACUGAUACAUUAGAUGGAUAAUUGCAUAUGUGAAUGUUUGUAUUUUAGAAUAAUUAAUGUGGUCUAGAUCUAUAAUCAAAUCGUCACAGUCGAUGAGGGGGAGAUGAUGGGUACUUUUGCAGUAAAGAGCUUUAUUAUGAAACAGUUAGAAUAAUCCAAAACUUGAGACAAAAGAGUCGUCUAAACAGGC